UUUUCGCUGUCCUUGAUAUGCACAAUGACUAAUUCAAAUUAUCAGUUUCAUUUAUGUAUGUAGGUACUUACUUACUCCUAAAUAAAAAACUCAUGCUCAACUGUGUAAGUAUCUCUCUGUACAUAUUAAUGUAGCUAGCUGUAGACUACCUAUCCUAUCUAUUUGCAGAGGUAUCUUUCUAAUACUUACAUUUUUAUACAUAUAUUUUUGUUGGUAAAAAUAAAUUAAAUUCAACAUUUUUUGAAUAUGGAAUGAUCAGAGUAAUUAGUUUCCUCCUCAUGAAACUUCGAAAUUAAAAAAAAUCAGAAUCGCAUACGUAUGAACAUGGAGAAUGUUCUCGUUCUCGACUUCUUGUUGCAAAAUGUUGAUAGGCAAUAUUAUGACGUAGAAAGUGAUAAUUGAGUACUACAUGUACUUAGACUUAUCUUCUCAAUAGGCCUAGUGAAAAACUACUUUUCAACGUAGUAACUAAUUUUACUGCUACAUGGUUUGUUAUUGCAAAAAAAAAAUUAAAAUAAAAAAAGUACAAAGAACACAUACCUAUUUAUGCACAUGUGAGAGAAUAUUAUUAAAAAUGCAGUUCCUGUUCUUUUCACUAUUCAGUUCUUCUAGAAAUACUAUUGUACCUAUCAACUUUGUAUCUCUAUCUUUGCUCACUAUCUAUGUAGAUCUACUGUGACUAUUCUACUUUCGUUUUAGGAGCCUUUUUGCCCUUAUCUUAUUAUACGAACAAUGUGCACAUUUGAAUUCUGAUCUUUGUACAUGUUUAAUCAGUGUUGAUAAUUAUAGAAAUUUUUAACAUGUGUGAUCUUAACGUAGGUACUUUUAAUGGCUGAAUUUGUCUGCUGCUUUGUAAUCAAAUUUAGCACGCUUCAUUCAUUUCUAAAAUCGAGAUUAUUCGGACAUUAUUCCCAUGGAGAGAACGGAUAAGUGAAUUUUUGGUCGAUUUUUCUGUGCUUUUUACGAAGUAUUCGUCAUGUCUCAGAUGUCUGGAUUUCUCAAGAUAUUGCGGCGUCCUAAAACAGUCACAAACCGAUCGUCAGAUUUCGGAGACAGCGAAGAUAAUGGAUUGAAAAAGACGCUAAAUAUUUACGAUUUGGUUUUUUUGGGUGUUGGCAGCACGUUAGGAGUUGGAAUUUAUAUUUUAUCUGGCCAAGUCUCCAAGGAUAUUACUGGUCCUGGAAUAAUAAUUUCAUUUUUUAUCGCAGCAGUGAUUUCAACAUUGGCAGGAUUAUGUUUCGCCGAAUUUGGGGCCAAUACGCCAACUUCUGGCUCAGUUUAUUCGUAUUGUUAUAUAACCUUGGGAGAAUUCGUUGCUUUUAUGAUGGGGUGGAAUCUCAUCACGCAGUAUAUCAUUGGUACAGCUAGUGUUGUGAAAGCAUUAAGUGUUUACCUCGAUGAUGUAUUUUUCAAUCACAUAAUCGCAACAGAAUUGAGAAAAAUUUAUGAAAUCGAUGUACCAUAUCUUUCACAGUAUUUCGACGUAUUCGCUUUUUUAAUUUGCAUGGUUUUUGCCGUUGCGCUAAGUUUUGGCCUAAAAGAAUCCAUAAUAUUGAAUAAUAUUUUAACCAGCGUCAAUAUUACCUUAGUUUUAUUUUUUGUAAUCAUCGGAUUAACUAAAGUGAAUUUCGAUUUUUGGAGUAUACCAAAAGCAGAAGUUCCUAUACAUUUUGGAAGCGGAGGGUUUUUACCGUAUGGUUUCUCGGGAAUUAUUAAAGGAGCCGGCUCUUGUUUCUAUGGCUUUAUUGGUUUUGAAUGCAUUGCAACUACAGGAGGAGAAGUUGUAAAUCCAGAGAAAGCCCUUCCAUAUGCUUUGAUUAUUUCGCUAUUCAUUAUAUUCAUAGCCUAUUUCAGUAUUGCUACCGUAUUGACGUUAUUAGUUCCGUAUUUUCAGCAGAAUACUGCUGCACCAUUGGCAUAUGCAUUUAGUUUUAUCGGUUAUGAAUGGGCGACUUGGAUAAUCAACAUUGGAUCUCUUUUUGGACUUAUUGCGGCAUUGUUUGGUGCAUUUUUUCCGAUAUCGAGAAUCAUUUACUCAAUGGCCGACGACGGAUUAUUAUUUAAAAUUUUUAACAAAAUCAGCAAAAGAUUUGGCACACCUGUGGCUGGAACGAUGUGUACUGGUGUUCUGACUGGUUUGACUGCGGCAUUACUAGACGUUGAACAUUUAAUAAAUUUGAAUGCAAUUGGAAUUCUAUUGGCUUAUACUUUUGUUUCUGCCUGCGUAAUAAUUUUACGUUAUUCGAUGGAUAUUUCUCAAACUGAUGAAGAAAGACAGCCUUUGACGAAGCUAUCUAAUGGAGAACUAGGCAUUCAUCGAAACAAUAAAUCAUAUGUUUCAGAAAAAUUAAUUUAUAAAUAUACGAAUAAUUUGGUGACGCUAUGUAUUCUUGCAUUUUGUAUUUUAUCAGUAUUAUUUAGUUGGGCCAUUACAAAUUUUUAUGAUAACAUUAUUUCGGUUAUAAUUCUAUUCCUGUUAAUGACCUUAUGUAUUGUGGUGAUUCAACUGCAAAAGACACAUAACACCAAGAAAUUAACUUUCAAAAUGCCGUUGGUUCCUUUUAUUCCUGCUUUAAGUGUAUUUUUAAAUAUUUUUUUAAUGGUUCAAUUUGAUUUCUACACGUGGAUGAGAUUGCUGUUUUGGUUGAUCAUAGGUGUCGUAAUAUACUUUUCUUAUGGAAUUUUCAAUAGUAAUGAAAGAAUACAUCAACGAACUAAUUCAGUUUUGAGAUCCUGAUUUCUGAACCUGUAAAUGUCAAUGGAGAAUAAAUAAGACGAUUCUUUAGAAUAUUAUGUCCAACGACAUUUUUAAAUUUUAAUGAAUGAUGAUUUUUUAGUAUUUAUAAACUUGCCUUGCAUUACAUUUUCUACUUGAAAUAAAAUUGUACCUAAAUUAA